AUGGGCAUCUUCUCCAACUCUGUUGAGGACGACCUCCUCGUCUCUGCUGCUUUCCCCGAGACAAACGCUUUCGGCAAUGUCGUGAACGGCGAAAAGAACCCCCUUCUCAUCCAGCUUGUCAACGCUGGCUCCAAAAACUACACUCUUCUUGGCGCCACAUCCAGCUUCCACGACCCCAACAACCACUGGUCUUUGAUUAGGAACGGUACUUCUCUCAAGUACAAUGUUCCUCUUAUUACCGGAUCCAACUUUUCCGCUCCCUACCACACCUACUCUGAGUUCCGUCCCCAGGAGCUUGGUCUUACCGUUUCCGUCAAGGUGUCUGAGGCUGGCUCUAAAGACGUCCAGUGGAUUACCGCCCUCAACCGAACAGUCGGUAUUGUCGAAGCCCCUGGAUCAUGGCUCGACUUCCAGCUCAUCUUCCUCUACCUCGUCAUCGGCGCCGCGCUGGCCCUCGGUGGCUGGUGGGCUUAUGACGCCUUCUUGGCGCCCCCUGUCAGCAAGAAGAAGUCUGGUCUUGGACCCAAGAAGGUGCAGGCUGUCGUGCCCGGCAAGGACGCUGCCUACCCCGAGGUCAAGCCUUAUGAAGAGGAGUGGAUCCCUGAGCAUGUGUUGAAGAGCAAGGGCAGCAAGCUGAAGCAGAGGAAUGUGGAGGGUACCGUGUCUGGCGGGGACGUGACGAGCGGUGGAGAGACGAGCGGCGGGGAGGUCAAGGGCAAGAAGAGAAAGGGAAAGAAGUAG